UAGUCUCUACUGCUUGUUUGGCCAUAGAAAGAAUCUAUCUUUUUCCAUUUUCAACUAGGUUAAGCUUCCUCUUUUUCUCUCUCAUUUUCCUUUCUCUUUCUUUUUUUCUUUAAUGCCAUUUGGUGAACAGUACCAAAAAGGACAAGCAGAGAAAAAUCAAAAGCAUGAGCUGAAACUACACAUAUGUUUGUGGUCAAUCCUUGAGUCUCUUACUUCUUGUGAAUGAGCUUUGAUUGCUUGUCACUGGUAGGUUCUCUCACCCACUUUUGCCUCAUGAUUUCUUCAUCUAGGGUUUCUUUCAAGGAAAUGACUAGGCAGAAAAUCCAGAUCAAGAAGAUUGAUAACAACACAGCAAGGCAAGUAACUUUCUCAAAAAGAAGAAGAGGGCUUUUCAAGAAAGCUUAUGAGCUCUCUACUCUUUGUGAUGUUGAGAUUGCUCUCAUGGUCUUUUCUGCAACUGGGAAGCUCUUUGAGUAUGCUAGUUCAAGUAUGAAUCAAGUGAUUGAAAGAAGAAAUUUGCAUCCGAAGAACGUUGGCAAGUUGGACCAAACUUCACUUGAGCUGCAGCUUAAAAAUGGAAAUAUUGCUGCAUUGAGCAAGGAAAUAGAAGAGAGGAUCCGUCAACUGAGGCAGAUGAGGGGAGAAGAGCUCCAUGGAUUGAACAUUGAAGAACUUCAACAGUUAGAGAAUUUACUUGAAAGAAGCUUGAAACGAGUCUCGGAAACAAAGGGUGAAAUACUUGCAAAUGAAAUCAAUGCUCUCAAAAGCGAGGGAGCUCAAUUGAAGGAAGAGAACGAGCGACUAAAGAAGCAAAUGAUGAAAGAAAGAGGAGGGACGAUGCAUUUGUUUGAAGCAGGAGGACAGUCGUCAGAUUCUAUGAUAACCAAUACCAGUAGCUCAGUUGAUCCUGCUCAAGACUUUGAAGAUUCCUACACUUUACUCAGAUUGGGGUUACCAUUCUCAGAUUGAAAGUGAAGUCUGGAGUAGUGAUAUCUAAUGAUCACUAGAAUAAAUGAAACAGUUGCCCUAGAAUAUUCAGAAAUCAAAAUUCUUCCUCUAUAUUAUUGUACGUAUGAGUGUGUAUAUAUUUAUUUAGGUAAGAUAAUAAUAAUAACAAUAAUAAUAAAAGCCUUGUAACACCAGGCAAGACACUGCAGCCAUUGUAGAGGUCUGCAUUUAUUAGCAUUUGGGUAAGUCUUGCUUAGGUUUCAUUUAUAGGCAUUAGUGGAUUCGUAUCUAAAAUAAGUGAGAUUCGUAUAUUUAUAUUUUAAAUGAAUGAUAAGAGGAGUUUUAGGUAA